AUGCAUCGUCAAGCAGUGAAAAGCAAUCUUGUCGAUUUGAGUUCAGAUAGAAAAAUGAUUGGAUCAAGAAAUUAUGAUCAACCCAUUUGCCCUAAACCUAUUAGGCUUUCACCUUCCAUACCUGAUUUCCUCCAACCAAUCAACUGUUCUAAGCAUAGUCAGCAAAACAUUGAUGAAAGGAAUGGAGUGCUGAAUAUGAUCAUUGAAAAGAAUGGUGAUGGAAUGGAAUCAAUAUGUAACGGAUGCUUACCUUGCUGUUACUCCGGCUCUCCUCCGCGAAGAACACAGAAUCCAUUGGUUCAUGAUGUUGAAUUUCUUCAUCAAAUGCAAGUUGUUUCACCAUUACUAUCACGAACUAAAUUUUCUGAUAAAUUUAGUAUUACCUCUGCUUCUACAAUGUGA